GAUCUAAUUCCACCAUCCCGACGCUUCCCCCUUUUCAAUUUGAAAUCAAUGAAAGAUCGGUUGCAGCUCUGCGAUUUUUACUGUUUUUUCUUCCCUGGUUGAUUUCAGAAUCUGAAGGUAUGAUGGAAUAUACCUUGUUGUGAGUCUGUGUGAAUUGUGACCUAUGUAGGAGAUAACAAGAGGAAGAGUUGAAGAACAAAUGCAAAGGAAAGAGAAGGAUUUGAGAAAAAGGGCUCAGAGAUAAGGUCUGCAAUUAGAAAGCUUUCAUCAAGUGCCAGAGUUAAACCUGAAUAAAGGUGGAAGUGAAAGAGCGAGAGAAAUUCACUGCCCCGGUUUGGGGAUCCUUUCUUUCGAAUUUGCUUUCUCGUUUCAGGUUGAGAAACAAAAGAGGGAUGAUUGGAUCUAUUCGGGUUGGGCAAAAAACCGAUCCGUGAAUAUCCUGUGAAGCUUCGUCUUUCUCUCUUGCAUCCUGGCCGUCCACAUCGUUUAAGAACACGUGUCAAACGUUGAAAGUAGAACUGCACCCACUGCACAAAUAGGAAAUUGUAGAGGAUCUGAAUCAGGUUGGGGUUGGUUCUCUAGCCAUUUCGGAUCGGUUAUCUGGCAUUCUGUGUGCGUUUCUUGUCGCUCGACUGAUUUGCCACGUGGCAUUUUAUUUUCGUUGCGGAACCGGUAGUUCUGCUGAACCCAGAAACCCUGUUCAAGACUUUGUAGUUGAAAGAAUCAAUUUACAACAGAAGGAAGUUCGAAUCCUCCCCUAUCGGUUCUUCUCCCUUUCUCUCAUACGCAAAGAGCCCUAUCCAUCAGCUUCAGCAACUUGAAGGAUGAACAGAGCAAUUGUGAGAAAAGCUGUGGGCACUGUUCAUACAUUAAAAUUUCCAAAGAAGGCUUUCACUAAUGAUGCAGCUGCUGGAGUAUCUAGCUCUGACUCUUUUCAAUUUAUUAAUGAGGAGGAUAAGCUUGGUAAGACAACUAAGAUGGACGAAUAUGAUGUUGCUAUUGUUGGAGGAGGCAUGGUUGGCAUGGCUCUUGCUUGUGCUUUGUCAAGCAUGCCGUUGACAAAACAUUUGAAUGUUGCCAUUAUUGAUAGCAAUCCUGCCUUGGGAAGGAAGGAUAGCAUAAAGAAAGAUGAGCUCCCUGAUCCAAGAGUCAGCACUGUCACUCCUGCAACAAUUUCCUUUUUCAAGGAUGUUGGUGCUUGGGAAUAUGUUCAGCAACAUCGACAUGCAUAUUUUGAUAAGAUGCAGGUUUGGGAUUACACUGGAUUAGGAUACACCACUUACAAUGCUAGAGAUGUAGGUAAAGAAAUACUUGGGUGUGUGGUGGAGAAUAAGGUGCUUCAUAGUUCUCUAUUGUCGUGCUUAGAGGAAAGUGCAGAGUUCCAGAAGACCAUCUACCUGUCCAGGUUGUCCUCAAUGACUUUACAGUCACGCUCUCCAUCCACAGAAAUGGGGUUUUCUUCAUCAACAACAACGUUGAACAAUCGUGGGUGUUUGGCAAAGUUGGAUUUAAGCGAUGGCAAAAGCCUAUAUGCAAAGUUGGUGAUCGGAGCUGAUGGGGGCAAAUCACAUGUUAGGGAGUUAGCAGGAAUCAAGACUACAGGAUGGAGCUAUCCACAGAAUGCAGUCAUUUGUACUGUUGAACAUGAUGUUGAAAACAAGUGUGCAUGGCAGCGGUUUCUUCCAUCUGGUCCUAUUGCCCUUUUACCAGUUGGUGACAAGUUUAGCAAUAUUGUUUGGACUAUGAAACCAAAAGAAUCUUCAGAACAUAAAUCAAUGAAUGAGGAUGAUUUUGUUAAAGCAGUUAAUGAAGCACUGGAUUAUGGUUAUGGUCCUCACCCUCAGUCAAGCUUAAUUGGAAACUUUGGAGACAAAUUUUCUUGGUUUACCGCUGCGAUGAAUCCCUCAGAAAAUGAACACUUUGAAGUUCCUCCCAAAACAGUCAAGGUGGUCUCCGAGAGAAUGGCAUUCCCAUUGUCAUUAAUGCAUGCCAAUGAUUAUGCAUCAAACCGUGUAGUUCUUAUUGGUGAUGCAGCACACACUGUUCAUCCUUUGGCUGGCCAAGGAGUCAAUUUAGGCUUUGGCGAUGCAGUUUCCCUUUCAAAGGUCAUUUCUGAUGGCAUAGCAGUAGGCUCUGACAUUGGGGAGUUUCUUAUAAUUGCAUGA